AUGGGCGACAGUGACCUUGAAAUUAUUGCUUCCCUGUUGCCCUUGCCGCAAUGGACCCAAACGCCUGAGGAAAUAUUGGCUGAGGCUCGGAAGAUAAUCGCCAGUGACGUAGCCUUCUAUGACAAAAUAGCGGCCGUUCAGGACCCGACUGUGGAGAAUGUUUUGCAACCUACCAUCGAGGACGAGAAUUCUUCGUAUUUGGCCUCCAACAAACUCACUUUUUACCAGUAUGUGUUUCCAGAUAAGGCGGUGAGGGACGCCUCAACGGAAGCGGAGAACUUGUUGGACCAAAGCGCCAUUGAGCAGAAUUUGAGGGUUGACGUAUUUAAGGUGUACAAUGAAUUGUGGGAGAAGAUUAAAGGCACGAAUGCUACAGACCCAGAGUCUAUGAAAUUUUUGGAGAAAACUGUGAAGAAUUUCAAGAGAAACGGGUUGGCUUUGCCAGAGGAGAAGCGGGACCAGGUCAAGAAGCUUAAGAUGCGUUUGGCUGACUUGCAAACCCAAUUUGCUAAGAAUUCGAAUGAGGAGAAUGGGCGCUUGACGUUUACUUUGGAAGAACUUGCUGGCGUUCCAGAAUCUGUCAUCGACCAGUUUGAGAAGGUUACCGAAGAUGGCCAGGAAAAGUACCGGGUUACAUUUAAGUAUCCUGACAUAUUACCCGUUUUGAAAUAUGCCAAGGAGGAGGCAACUAGAAAGACUGCUUACAUCGAGAACCAGAAUAAAGUGCCGGAGAAUGUCCCGAUCUUGAACGAGAUAGUCGACAUUAGAUUCAAGCUCGCAAAGCUUUUGAACUAUGAAACCUACUCUGACUUCGUGCUCGAGGAGAGGUUGGCCAAAACGCCCAGAAACGUCCUUUCAUUCUUGGAAGACCUCAAGGGUAAGCUUACUCCGGUGGGCAAUAGAGAGUUGCAAAAAUUGAAGGACCUCAAAAAACAGUACUUGUUGAAGGCAGGCCUUCCAGAGCAAGAUGAAUACUUUGCCUGGGAUCAUGCCUUCUACAGCAAUUUACUCUUGGAGCAGGAGCAUCAGGUGGACCACCAGAAAAUAUCCGAGUUCUUCCCAUUGGACAGGACCAUUUCGAAAAUGCUUGGUUUUUACGAAAAGUUGUUCGAUGUGAAGUUUGUUAGUGUCAAUAACACUGACUCUCUGUCUGUAUGGCACCCAGAUGUACGCAAAUACGCCUUAUUUUCCAACAUUGAACACGGUGAGCCUAAGAAUGAGUUCAGAGGGUGGAUCUUCUUUGAUCUUCACCCAAGAGACGGCAAAUACACUCAUGCCGCCAAGUUUGAACUCAAUCCCGGCUUUGAAAAGCCUGAUGGAUCUCGCCAAACUCCAUUCUGCGCCUUGGUGUGCAAUUUCACCAAACCUAAGAAGGAGAAGCCUUCGUUAUUGAGGCACAGCGAGGUGACCACCUUCUUCCACGAGCUCGGCCACGACUUUGUGGAAUGUCCCUCGCAGAUGUUGGAGUUUUGGACUUGGUCCCCCAAUGAACUUAGAGAGUUGUCUUCUCAUUACGAGACAGGUCAGCCACUCACUGAGGAGUUGCUCGAAAACUUGAUAAAAUCGAAGCGUGUGAACACGGGGUUGGCUAACUUGCGUCAGCUCCAUUUCGCUCUUUUUGACAUGCAUCUCCACACAAUUGCAGAUGAGCAGGGCCUUGCUGCAGUUGAUUUCGACAAGUUGUGGAACGAGUUACGUGAAGAAAUCACUUUGAUUGGUAAUGGUGGUUUGACGACAAGAGGCUACGGUACCUUCGGACACAUUGCCGGUGGUUAUGAAAGUGGUUACUACGGAUACUUGUACUCCCAGGUGUUUGCGACCGACAUCUACUACACUCAUUUCAAAGAGGAUCCCAUGAAUGUCGAGAGAGGCUUGAAGUACCGCGACACUAUCUUGAAGAAUGGAGGUUCGAAGGAAGUGUUGGAUAUCUUGAAAGAGUUGCUUGGCAGGGAGCCUAACGCUAAGGCUUUUACCAUGGAAUUGUUGGGCAGUGUCUAA